CCGACAAAAGGCACAGAAACUAGCGGUCAUUCCGAUGUGCAAAACGCUGACCGACUAUAACGGCAUAAAUCAGUUGGAAAGCCGUCGUAUCGACGAGCUAUUGGUGGCGACCAACGUAUUCAACACCGAAUUGAGCGAUAAUGUCGUGGAGAUUAGGGACCCAAAUGAGGGUUUUCGAGUGACAAACCAAAAGUACGAACAGGGGAUCCAGACUGUCGUCGACUUCACCAAACGAUUGGACGGUUUUCAGAAACUGUGUCUCGAGGACCAGAUUUCACUCGUGAAGUACGGGUGCCUUGAAUUAAAUUUUCUCAGAAGUCUACUGUAUUUCAACAAACAAACUCAAGAAUAUCGGUUCCCAUUAACUGAUACUAGCACACUUAAGGUCAGUUUGGAGUCUUUCAAAGAACAUAGGAUGCAAACAUAUUACCCAUUGAAGCUAUUUAUAGAUAAAAUCUUCCUAGAAUGGAAUAGGGAUCAAGUUAUAAUUGACCUGUUAUCUGCGAUCGUAAUUAUGAACCCUAAGCGACCAAACCUAACGCACAAACAAAGUAUCAAACUGGAGCAACAGCUUUAUGUGUAUUUAUUGCAACGAUACUUACUAUUGAGAUAUCAAUCGGAGUCGGAAUCAAAACUCCAGAAACUGAUGGUUUCGUUGACAGACCUCAUGAUUACAGCUGAAGCACAUAAACAGUGCGAAGUUCAAGAGGUUUACGAGUGUAGACCUCUACUACAAUAUUAUGGCCCACUUUUGAGCGAGGUCUACGACUUGCAUCAAUUAGUAUAAUUACUGUC